CUUCGGUUGCAGUCAACUCACGCAACAGCGCCUGUCACUGUCAGUUAGCUUGGGCAACGUCUUUUGAAGCAAACUUUAUUGCAAGUACUCCAGCACUGAUCAACAGGACGUUCAGCAUUCAGAAAUGCGGGCCGCAGGCAGGGCGGUAGAAGGGUGUCGAAUGGCUGAAGCACGCUGAGGAUUUCUCAUUGUGGAGUGGACAUACUGGCGUAAGCAAGGAGCAAAGAUGGGCCUGAAGCUGCCUAGCUUGGCACCACUGUGCUUCUUUCUCAUUUCGGUAUCCUACAAACUCGCAUUUACAGCCAUCUCUUCGCUCUUGAGCCAGUACAGCAACCAAUAUGGCCCAGACAUCCUCCUCCAACUCAACGUGGCUUACUUCUUCCCUAGCAUCCCGGUCCUCAUGCUGCAGACGGCCUUCAAUGACCGGAUGGACCGGCGCCUGGGGCUGCCGGGCGGGGCGCUCCUUCGCUUCCUGGUCGGACUGGGCGGACUGGUGGCGCUGACCCACAACUUCCCGCAGCUCACAGCUAACUCGGAGAAGGCGCUGCUCACUGCCACGGUGCUGGUGGGCGUGUCGUACGGCGUGGCGUUCGGCACGUCAUACCAGAUCGCCAGCAAGUUCCCCAGCGGGGCCACCGUGGCGCUCACCACGGGCUUUGUGAGUAGCGGGCCCGUGGUUCUGCUGAUGGACCUGCUGCUCAAGGACGGCCCCUUCUACUCGGAGGCGGCACUGGCGCAGCUGUUCAGGUGGGUGUCGGUGGUGACCUCCGGCGGUCUGGUGGCGGCGCUCCUGCUGGUGCUGGGCAGCUGGCGCAUGCUGGCGGCCAGCGGACCCGGAGGCGGCGGCGGCGGCGGCGGCGGCGGCGGCAGGACCGUGGAGCUGCGCGUCAGCGGCUCCCACCACCACCACCCGCCGCCGCCGCACCGCGCGCCCUCCUACGGCGCCUCCCACUACGCCUCCUCCUCCGUGUCCACCGCCACCGCCUCCGGGGCGCACAUGCGCCACCAGGGCGGCGCGCCCAACGGGGCCUACUCCUCCUCCUCGGCGGCGGCGGUGCCGGGCGCGGCGGGGCCAGGCGGCAGUGCCAAUGGGCAUUUCGCCGCCGGCUCGCACCUCCGCGAUGGGCACGGGUACGGCCACCACGCCCUAUUGCUGGACUUUGCGGAGAACGGCGGGCUGGGCAGGCACGGCGGCGGCGGCGGCGGCGUCGGCGGGCCCAGCGGCGGCGGCGCGGGAGGCGACUAUAGGGACUCGUACCGGGACCACGGGCCGCUGCACAGCUCGUCCUCACUGGGCGGCGGCUAUGGAGACGAGGUCGGGCUGGGCGGGUCGGCGGAUGAGAGCAAGGUGGCCAAGCGCGAGCUGCCGCUGCUGCGCCUCAUGGCGCGCAUCAGCCCGGCCGCACUGGCCAUCUCCGUGUCGGUGGGCACCUCCAUGCUCAUCUUCCCCUUCUUCACCUACAUGAGCUCCACGGGGCUGCUGGGCGUGCGCUUCGCACAGGUGCUGUUCUAUAUUCGGCUGGUGGGCGACAUCGCGGGCCGCAUGGUGCCCAAGCGGUUGCAGGUGACGAGUGUUCGCGGCCUGAUGUUCUGGGCGCUGGUGAAGCUGGCGCUGGUGCCGGUGCUGUUCGGCUGCAUCUUCACGCCGCGCCUCACGGGCGGCGACGUGACGGCCGUGGCGGUGGUGGCGCUGUUCUGGGUGCUCAGCGGCUACCUCAACACCUGCUCCUACCUGGUGGCGCCCACGCUGGUGCCGCCCAGCGCCAAGUCCCGCGCCUCCGGCCUCAUGACCGUGGCCUUCCAGUCCGCCUGCUUCGCCGCACUGCUGCUGGCCGCCGCCAUACAGCACCUCAGGCUGGGGGACGCGCUGGCGCAGAUGGUGGGCGCGGCGCCCGCGGCGGCGGCGGCGGGGCAGGCGGCGGCGGCGGCUUCGCCGCAUUGAUGGGCGUGGAAGGGGUGGAAGGGGCGGAUUUGCAGGUUGGAAGGUGGUAAUUGGAGAUGGGGGUGGGUGCGGCGCCGGCGCCGGCGGCGGCGGGGCAGGCGGUGGUGGCGGUGGCGGUGGCACAUUGAUGGGGGUGGGGUGGAGAGCGGCCGGGGCUUCAGCCGGCAGGAGUGCGGUGCUCUGUUAGAAUCGGGAAUGGAGGCAAACGGAACUGCGGUGCACGGGGUGAUGGUCACGGGGUAUCGGUAGUGGGGUUGCGGUGCGUGUGCCUCGUGCCAAAAUACUGCAGAGGCUACCCCCACGGGCCACUGCCCGGAGUGAACACACCUGACACCGGGCCACUGCCGCUGCUCUUAUGGAGACAUCGCAUGCGCGGGGUUGCUGCACUGUGUGUGUGUGUGUGUGUGUGUGUGUGUGUGUGUGUGUGUGUGUGUGUGUGUGUGUGUGUGUGUGUGUGUGUGUGUGUGUGUGUGUGUGUGUGUGUGUGUGUGUGUGUGUGUGUGUGUGUGUGUGUGUGUGUGUUAAAAACGAAACGAAAGCCCGCCCAGACGACGCUGUGUCUGUGUGUGUGCGUGUGUGUGUGUGUAUGUGCGUGUGUCUGUGCGUGCAUGUUUCAAGUCUUUGUGAGAUGGCCUUUGUAAAGCUACCGUAUAACGCUGACGGAUGCGGAUGUAGGACAGGGAGCGUUGGGGCUGUCCCGGCCGCCCCUGAGGUGAGGGGGGAAGUGGCGGUGCUGGGUUUCCAUCUGACAGGAUUGGAAGAUUUGGAAGACGCUGCCACAUUACAGGCAGUGCGGGCAUGCAUGUGUACACACGCUGCCUGCUGCAUAUGACGGCUGCCUGGCAGUGCUCGUGCCGUAUCUUCAAUCUACUGGAAAUUUGUCCCAAAUCCACCGAAAGAGGAGAAUGUUUUGGGGAUUUUGGGCCGCGCAGCUAAGGAGUGUCAACGUUUCAGCACAGCUUUGGCGGUAUCUUGAGGGUCAUCUAUGCUCUGUAGACGCCGCGGGCCUGAGGGCAUCUACAAGAUACGGCGGGCACUGCUGCUGCACAUGACGGCACGUUCACAGUGCAUAACAAUGUACCCGAACCAAAAAGUGUAUUCAGGGCAAUGUCUAGCUCAGACAAUAACGGCCGGCUGGCCGCCGUCUUUUGCCUGGGAAUAGGGCGGGUUGGGGGCUUUCCCAUAGGAAUUCCAGGGGAGGGGUGGACAGCUUAGGUUUUGACCCCAUGCUCAAAACUACAGAGUUUCAAGAGAGCAUUGCGCACGAACUUUCUGGGGUCCGUCGGGUUUUGGGAGCCUCUCCUGGCGGACUUCGGGAAGCGCCCCACAAGCAGAACUAGGGACGCAGCAGUACGAGGCUCAUAUGUGCACGUUAUGACGUAAGAAGCACAAAUAAAGCGUUGGACGGCCAAGUUGCGCGUCCGGGCGUGGAAAUGUGGGGAUUUGUCUCCACAUUUCACAC